AUGGCUUCUCUUCAAGUGUUGUUCUUCAUGUUGGUGUCAUCCUACUGCUUCACUUUCAUGUCAAGUAGGCCGACAGGUGUCCACCUGCGGAGCAUGAACAACUUCAUCCAUGCGGUGCAACAGGUGGAAGAGUCCAACCCGGGUCUCUGCCCGCUGUCAAUGAUCAGGGCCCUUCGCCGGACCGCUGGUCAUGACGACGCCAUGACUAUCCACUUCUUGGGGGCUUCGAAUAAUCUUUCUGACAUCGCGGGGCUGGAGACGGCCAUUCUCAAUGCCUCGUCCUUCAGCUUCUUUGACAAGGCAGUUCACCACAUGAUAACAGACAGCGGCGAAGAGCGAGGCGUGACACUUGCCCCGGACGGCACCACGGUGGCCUUGGCACCUUUGCUGUUGGGCAUUGAAUGUGGACUCAAAGCCAAACUGGAGGGGAACUCGACCAUUGGGCUCUUCCCACUCACCUUGGGAAGGCCGCUCGGGUUAACUUUCCUGAGCCUCCAGGACAUUCCCGUGUCUAACCGUUUAGGCCCCGACGGGUGUUGGGACAGCGUAGAGCGCCCCAAGGUGUUUAAAAUUUUUUGGCCUGCUACCCUGGCCACCGAUGCAGUUAUCAACGGGGGUAUGGAUGGAUUAAUACUUGGCACGGAUAUCAGCCAACUACCUAAUUCUAAAGAACCUCCUGCUCUUAGUGAGAUCCUGCAAGAAUACUAUAAUUUUAUUCUGCAAGCAGACCAUGGUCUUGAUACUUUGUCCAGACAUAUCAGUCCAAGGCGGAGGGAAAUCUCUCGAUCCAUCCUGGAGCCCCUUGACCUUCAGAAGGAGCUGAUGGACACACUCACACUGGUCUGGAGGUUGGAGAAGACCGAGUGGAUUGCGUUGGACACUGGGGUCAACAAGGCGGUCAAGGAAGGACUAAAAGAAUUUGUGCACAAGUAUUGGGAUUGUCCUCAAAUCAUCCCUCGCUGCCAAUGGAGGGCAAACGAUCGCAAGGAAACCCCCAUCCCGCUGUCCCUGCCACUCCACUUUCUCUACGUUCACCACACCUAUGAGCCCUCGCAGCCCUGCCUGUCCUUUUCACAGUGUUCCAUGGACAUGAGGGCCAUGCAGCGCUUCCACCAGGAAGUCCGUAACUGGAGUGACAUUGGAUACAGCUUCGUGGUGGGCUCCGAUGGUUAUGUCUACGAAGGCCGCGGUUGGAACCUCCUCGGCACGCACACGCGAGGACACAACAGUCGUGGCUUUGGAGUGUCGAUCAUCGGCAACUAUACGUCCGCUCUUCCGUCACGACACGCCAUGGACCUUCUACGCCAUCGUUUGACACGAUGUGCAGUGGACGGAGGGAGGCUUGUGGCCAACUACACUGUUCACGGCCACAGGCAGAUGGUCAACUACACUUCCUGUCCUGGUGAUGCCUUCUUCUCCGAAAUAACAAAAUGGGACCAUUUCAGAAACUGA